AUGAAUGAUUACAACCUUUGUGCCCCUACAAGGUACCAAGUACCUGUAGUGCAGAUACACAUUAGGCCUACAUGUUUCACCAAGGAUCCCCGUAUCUCAGAAUCCAUAGGAUACGAACCGAAAUGUUUGAGACUUAAGACGGAUGCUGUGCCAACUAUUUUUGAUUUUUCUUCAACCCCGAAAACACCUCGUCCUGUUAAUACGACGCAAGUAGCCGAUUCGCCUUUCCUUUGGGAAACUCCAAACAGAAAACGGUCUAUGAGUCAAGUUAUACAGAAAAGACGCAGAUUGGAGGUUUUAUCCGAGAUAACAGAACUACAUCAAGGAAAUGAAGCUGAAAAUGUGGAAAACCUGCAUAUGGAUGUUUGUACCAAUUUGUAUAGAUCGGACCAAUGCCAUAUUGAGACUCAGACCGAUUCAAGCACAACUGCUGAUAAAUGUGUUGGGUCAGAUGAACCAAUGAAUAAUUAUUCCGUGGGUUGUCAGACUUCUUACAAUGUAGUUCGACGGAGACAUGUUGGCCUUCAGGUAACAUCAAACUUGAAACCAAGAACUACAUCCUGUGCAGUACAGGCAACAUGCAGAAUGGAAACCUCAUCGACACAAUGCAACCGUUACAGAAAAAAGUCUGAUGAGUCAUCAGCAAAAUGUGUAGAUAGGAUAGAUGAUGAUGAUGAAGAGGAUGAUUCUAUACUACAUGAUCCAGACUGGGUACCGAUGUAUGAGAAUGUUGAAGAUGAGGAUAUACCUACUGAGGGAGGAACUGGUCUGGAUGAUGAGGAAACAGAACCUGACAAAGCUCGGAAAUAUGUCGUGUUUGAAAAAUGUUUGUUGGAGUUGUUAGACUUUUGUCAGGGUUGCCAUUGUACAAGUUUACAUCAUGAAAGAACAAUGAUUGGCACAUGUGUAUGUAUAACUUCCAAAUGUAUGUGUGGCUUUGUGCGCCGUUGGACCAGCCAACCUUUUUCCAAGUCAAUGCCUUGGGGGAACAUUAUAACUGCUGGUGCAAUAUUUUUCAGUGGCAGUAGUCCUGUUAAAACUUUGAACUUUAUGUGA